AUGUUUCCGUGGAACAUUGCUAAAUCGGCGGAGGCAGCUUUCUCAAGGUGGGCGGUGAAGAGGGUCGUCAAAUUCUUGUUGAAGAAGAAAUUGGGUAAACUCAUACUUGGUGAUAUUGACCUUGAUCAGCUCGAUAUUCAGCUUCGAGAUGGCACAAUUCAGCUCUCCGAUCUUGCUAUCAACGUUGACUAUUUGAAUGACAAGUUUGAUGCUCCGCUGAUCAUAAAGGAAGGUUCAAUUGGAUCUUUGUUAGUCAAAAUGCCUUGGAAGACCAAUGGUUGUCAAGUUGAGUUGGACGAGCUUGAGCUCGUUCUUGCACCACGUUUGGAGAGUAAUGCAUCAUCUUCAAAUGAAGCCAGCACCUCCGCCUCUACCCGAGAAGAGUCAUAUAAUAGUCGUCUUGGACUAGGAAAGCAUGAGAAUGAGAUGUUGGUGAACGCUGCUAACUCUGCGUCUAUCGAUGUCCACGAAGGCGUUAAGACUGUUGCAAAGAUAGUGAAAUGGUUUCUUACAAGUUUUCAUGUCAAAAUUAAGAAUCUGAUAAUAGCCUUUGAUCCUGAUUUUAGCAAAGAACAGAAUGAAGCUAGUCCAAGACCAACAUUGGUACUUAGAAUGACAGAGAUAGAGUGUGGAAUUUCAGAGGACCGAGUUUCGACUAAUGAGGUUUCCCCUGAUAGUUUCCUUGGUAUUAAUCGGCUUGCAAACUGUGUGAAGUUUCAAGGGGCAGUUUUAGAGCUUUUAAAUAUGGAUGAUGUUGAUGGGGAAAAAACUUGUGGUAAAAAACCAUCAAAUGCUGUGACUUUAAUCAUGACAGGCGAAGGAGGUGGCUUUUCAGGGAGUUUGAAUUUAAGUAUACCCUGGAGGAAUGGUUCCUUAGACAUUCGCAAGGUGGAUGCUGAUAUUUGUAUUGAUCCUGUUGAAUUACGAUUUCAACCAUCUACAAUUAGAUGGUUCUUACGAUUGUGGAAGACUUUCAUAAGUUUCGGAUCAGAGUGCUGCCCAUCAGUUUCUCAUUCUGAUUCAUCGACGGAUUCAGCUGCAAUACCUACUAAUGUAAUGGUAACACCUCCAGCUACAUCAUCCUUGUCAGGUGGCCAAGAAGUGAAGCCUGAUAGUACACCUGGGUUACAGUUUAUACCAGAUUGGUUUCCGUCAGCUUCAUUCAGUAAGAAAGAAGAGGAUGGAGAAGUAGAUAUUGGUGCAAGUGUGGACCAGUUUUUUGAAUGUUUUGAUGCAAUGAGGAGUUACCAAUCAGCGUUUGGAAGCCAAGGAUUGUGGAAUUGGACAUCUUCUGUCUUCACAGCAAUCAAUGCUGCAUCUAGCCUUGCUUCUGGGUCUUUGCUUCUUCCUUCUGAACAGAAACACGUUGAAACAAGUUGUAAAGUAUCCUUUGCUGGAGUUUCGGUGGUACUAUUUUUCCAAGAUGAAGACAAUUGGAAGGAUAUUUCCACGGGGAUUCACUACUUGGGUGCAGAACUCAGAGAUAUUUCUGUCUCUUUCCAGGUAUGCCCUCAGGAUAUGCGGUUAAAAGGAGAAGUGAACAGCGUGGAGAUUGCUGAAUAUUUUCAAGCUGGAGAUGUUGUUGACACCGCUAAUGCUGAAUAUCAGACUAGUUUGAUUAAGAAUUUACAAGCCAACGUUCAGACUACCCUUCCUCCCUUUGCCUCAUCUGAUAUGAAUACUGACUCCAAAAGAUUAAGUGAGAUAGUUUCUGAUAGCUUCCUCUCUCGUAACAAGGGUUUUGCAGUCAAGAAAUUGUUGGUUAUAGCUGCAGGGGGAAAUGGAUUUCAGUUUAUUGUCUGUUUCCAAUCAUCCAACGUCAGCCCUGGAGGAUCAAACUCAUUCUCGUUAGGUUUACCACCUACCACAUUCUGGCUGAACGUUCAUUCAGUAGAAAUGUUGGUAAAUCUUUUCAAUGAUGUGUCAGAAUCUAUCCCCAUAACUAGUCAUGAUAGGAAUCAGGUGGCAUCCUCUUCUAAAACCGAAAGAUUGCGAGGUAUUGUGUCAAUCUGGAAUGCUCGAGCGAUUAUAUGCUUCCCUUUUGAGACUAUGUCAGCAAGGUUGUGUAACUCGCUUGGUGAGCAAUUUAUUGUAGUCGACUUAUCUUCCUCUCUGCCUUCUGACAAGGAAAGGCUCAAGGAAGGAAGUCCAGGAGAAAUGUACUUUACCUCGGCUACUCGCUCCAUAUGCUUCUGUGUUGGUGAUGCUAGCAUCUAUUUGGUUACUUCUGACCUUAAAGAUUCGGAAAGAAAUUCACAUAGUAUGCAGGGUGAAUUAUCUGCAUAUAAUAUUUUACAUACCAACAACAAAACUAGUCACCAACUUUCAACUAUUGGUAUGUUUUGGCAAGAUAGACCUCUCGGUAGCCCUUGGUUAGUGGAGAGAGCUAAGAUGCUGGCUACGCAAGAAGAAUCUAUUCAGACAGAUAAAUCUGGGAGGAAUGGCCUUGAAUUUGCUGCUGUUGCUUCUGCCAAAGAUCAAGAAGACAUCUACGCUCAAACCAGGAAAGAGAUGAUUUUGGCUUCUUCAUUCUGCCUCUAUGUUCAUUUGCUUCCACUUGCUAUCCGUUUAGAUAGCUGGCAAUACAGCAAAUUCUGCAAUCUCAUAGACGAGGCAAAAAAUUGCCUAUUACGUAUGGCAGCUAAUACAGCUGACAAAACAGAGGAAUCUCUUGUGUGUCAAACGUCUCUCGUUGUGGAAUGUGAUUCUAUUGACAUUUUGGUUAGGCCAGAACCUCGAAUGGGUAUAAAAAAUCAGAUACAGAUUGAGCUUCCUGGAUCAUGGAUUCAGUUAAACCUGAGGGUUCAGAAGUUAAAUCUUAUGUCUGUCUCAAAUCUUGGCAGUAUCUCUGGUGCUGAUUUCUUUUGGUUAGCCCAUGGAGAAGGCACUUUAUGGGGUUCUGUUACAGGUCUACCUGAUCAGGAGUUGCUAUUGCUCUCAUGUAGCAACUCUGCGAUAAAGCGCGGUAAUGGAGGCGGUUCAAAUGCAUUGUCAUCAAGGUUGGCUGGCUUAGAUAUUCUGCACUUAAAGGAACCAGAGAUCUGUUAUGAUUAUUUAGCAGUAUCUCUCAGGGGCUGUACGAUUUCUGCCGUAGGAGGACGCCUAGAUUGGAUAGAAGUGGUUUAUUCUUUUUUCACUUUUCAAGUCAAGGAAAAUUCUCAAGAGAGAAACUCCAGCUCAUCUAGUGGCUCCUCGUUUGUUCUUAAUUUGGUUGAUGUUGGUUUAAGCUAUGAGCCCCACCAUGAGAAUACAGAUCAUUUACAUCAACCAAGUGAUCCAUGGGUUGCCUGUCUGGUAGCAGCAUCUUCUUUUAGCCUUUCAAAGAAAAGCCUGGUUGAUACCAUAAGAAAUGAUUACAGAAUCAGGAUUCAAGAUCUUGGGCUUCUUCUAUCCGUGGAUUUGGACCUUAGCAGGCUUCAUGGAACGUACAGUUCAGAGCAUCUUCAUGAGUCUGGCUAUGUUAAAGUUGCUAAUGAGGCGCUAAUUGAAGCAACUCUCAGAACUAACUCUGAAAAUGGCCUUCUAUGGGAGUUAGAGUGUUCAAAAUCUCACUUAUUAUUUGAAACUUGCAGUGACACGACCUCUGGUUUGAUUCGCUUGGCCACGCAGCUCCAACAGUUACUUGCUCCUGAUUUGGAGGAAUCAGCUGUGCACUUGCAGACUCGAUGGGACAACAUUCAGCAGGCGAAUGUGAGGAAUGAUUUUGAUAUCAGUGAUAGACUCAGUAACUCCGAUUUAAGUGGAGAAAUGAAAAAUUUGAGAAUAGAUUCAGAAACUGAAACUGGGGUCAUUGGUUUGAUGGACGAAAUAAAUGAAGAAGCUUUCCAAUUUGAUGUCAAACCUAGUAGUCAGUCUGACGCUUUGGAAUGUCAGAAGAACUAUAUGUCAUCUCAUGGAAUCUCUCAUGGGCAGGCAUGUAAUUGGGUACCUGCUACUUCUGUGAAACUUCCUUCUAAUCAGUUUUGUGGGUCAUCAUCUAGAUUAGAACCAGAAAGCAGUCAAAUAUUCCUAGAAAGAGAUGGCCUGCCUGAAAUAAUUGAAAACUAUUGUUUGUCUGAGUUCCAUCCAUUGUCAGAGGUACCUCGAGAAGGGGAUCCAUCAGGGAGACAAUUGUUUCUUGAGACUGAUUUGAGGAGAGGAAAUUCGGGGUGGUAUGAUGACACGUCCGUUAGAAUUUUAGAAGACCAUGUGUCAGAAGCAACUGAGGAAGAUCAUGAGGAACAUAUUCUGGAUGGAGAAUUUUCACCUUUUGGCCUGACGUCUUAUACUGCUGUAGCAGCUAAUGGACGUAUAGUUCUGGAAAACAUCGACCUCAAAUGGAUAAUUUACUCUGGCUCUGAUUGGCAUGGCUCUAGGAAGAAAGGUGAAAAAUAUAAACAUAUGAAGGGCCGGGAUACAACUUCUUGCCUUGAGCUGGAAUUAUCUGGGGUGCAAUUCCUGUAUGAAAUCUUCCCAAUUGGCGGAAUAUGUACCUCUAAGCUAUCUCUCAUGGUCCAAGAUUUUUAUCUCUAUGAUAGAAGCAAAGAUGCACCUUGGACAUUGGUCCUUGGAUAUUACAACUCGAAAGAUCACCCAAGAGAUUCCUCUUCAAAUGCAUUCAAGUUGGAAUUAAAAGCUGUCAGACCUGACCCUGAAACGCCACUUGAGGAAAACCGGUUACGUGUUGCUUUACUCCCUAUACUGUUGCAUCUUCAUCAAAGUCAACUGGAUUUUCUCAUCAGCUUCUUUGGAGCUAACAGCCUAGAAAAGCCUGUAGUUUCCGCUGGAGACUCAGGUGGUUCAGCGUUGUCGGUUUCUAUUAAAGGACAUAAUAUCAUAGAAGAAGCGCUUCUUCCAUAUUUUCAGAAAUUCGACAUAUGGCCUGUUAGUGUCCGAGUUGAUUACAGUCCCCAUCAUGUUGAUCUAGCAGCACUAACGGGAGGGAAAUAUGCAGAGUUUGUGAACCUUGUUCCCUGGAAGGGUAUCGAACUACAGCUCAAACAUGUGCAUGCUGCUGGAAUCUACGGCUGGGGCAAUGUAUGUGAGACUAUACUGGGAGAAUGGCUGGAAGAUAUAUCUCAGAAUCAGAUUCAUCAACUAUUGAAAGGGAUCCCAACUGUAAGAUCACUUUCUGCUCUUUAUGCUGCUGCGACGAAGCUGGUCUCUUCACCUGUUGAAAGUUACAGAAAAGAUCGAAGGCUAGUAAAGGGAGUCCAAAGAGGUACUACUGCAUUUCUCAGGAGCAUCUCACUGGAAGCUGUUGGACUUGGUGUUCACUUGGCAGCUGGAGCUCAUGAUAUUUUGUUGAGAGCAGAAUAUGUAUUUGCAAGUGCACCAUCGUCGCCACAGCCCCAAGGCAAAACGAAGACGAAUGUUAGACAUAAUCAGCCUAGAAACGCUAAGCAAGGCAUGCGUCAGGCAUGCGAGAGCAUCGGUGAUGGAAUAGGAAAGACAGCUUCUGCAUUAGUCCGCACACCUUUGAAGAAGUAUCAACGUGGAGACGGAGCUGGAUCAGCAUUUGCAACAGUUGUUCAGGCAGUUCCAACAGCUGCUAUAGCACCUGCUUCAGCAUGUGCCAGGGCUGUACAUAGUGCUCUUGUUGGCAUCAGAAAUAGUCUUGAUCCUGAACAUAAAAAAGAAUCCAUGGAAAAGUACUUAGGCCCCGAUAAACAUAGGAAUCAAGACCAACACCGAUAA